UUUGCUCCCCCCAGGGGACGUGGGGGCGCGAUUCCUCCUCCCCCACCAGGACGAGGUGCCCAAGCACCCCGAGGAGCGCUGGUCACCCGUGGAGCCCUCCCUGUCCCACCAGUGGCGGGGGGUGUGCCCACCCCUCGGGCAAGGGGAGCUCCAGCUGUCCCGGGCUACAGACCACCCCCGCCGCCUGCACACGAGGCCUAUGAAGAAUAUGGAUAUGAUGAUGGGUAUGGGGGUGAAUAUGAUGAUCCAAGCUAUGAGGCAUACGAUAGCAGUUAUGCCACCCAAACACAAAGUGUGCCUGAAUAUUAUGACUACGGUCACGGAACAAGCGAAGAGGCUUAUGACAGCUACGCACAAGAAAAAUGGGCCACAACCCGUUCCAGCCUAAAGGCACCACCUCCAAGGUCAGCCAGAGGGGGUUACAGGGAGCACCCCUAUGGUAGAUAUUGAAGGUCCUCCUCAUCUGUGACCUCAUCUCAAAGACAAUUAAUAGCCUGUGGUCUCCACGUAAACAGCAACAAGACAAGUAAUAGUCCAUUUCUUUUCUAUCCUAGGGAUUACUGCUCAUUACUAUCCUAUGUACUACUUGUAUUUCCUAUAACAUUGGAGUGACAUUGGCAUUAGUAUUAUUUUAUAACACAGACUUAAAAAAAAAAAAAAAAAAAAACAGAAACAAAAAACCUUUGGCAAACAUUGUCUAUAAACCAUUCAAAUAUGAUGUUCUGUUGGUUGUAUUCAUUGCUGUGUGUAACUUAAAAAGCAUGACACUGUUACAGAUCUUGAGUCUCUCUACAUACUAGCUAAGGCUGAGUUUUUGUUUAGGGUUGCUGAAAGACUGUAAUAUGAUUCUUUUUUUUCCUUUUUUUUCUUGAAACAGACGAUAAUCAAGCUGUAGAUAAGAUGUUUUAACUUGUCUUUUUUAAUAUAUGUUAGUUUAGAUUAAGAUGUUCAGUAUUAAGUUUGUAAAUUUAAUUUUAAAUGCUGUUUUAAUGGGGUUGAAAACAAGCAGCUACUGUAUGUAUGUAGCUAACUGAAUUUGUUCAGUGUUUUAACCUGUAUUUGUUAAAAAAAAAUCACAUAAAGUUCCAUGUGUAAGCUUCUCUAAAUAGGAAACCAUAAUUUUGUCAAAUAUGUUUGCCAUAAUUUGUCAAUAAAGCUGAAACCUUUUGUAACAAACUAAAUUUGGAAUUACUUGUUUUCUAGCUUUAAAUGCCUGCUUUAUUUCUUUUUCAAGAGAUGCCUAAAAUGUUUUUUAUAUAAUAAUUACAAAAAUGAACCCAAGCCUGUUUUAAGAUUUUUUGUGUAAGACUUUAAAAGUUGUAUUAAUAACUUCUGGUUGUUAAAUAAUUUAAAAGUUAACAAACUAAACUGUUACAUGAAUCAUGGUUAGUAUCCACUAAUGUAUAACAUGUUAAUGGAAAAAAAUGCUUUAGAACAAUAAAUGGAUUUUAAACAAUC